AUGGAUCGCAGGCCAAGAUCCUGUUUGGAGAAUCUGGUCCUGGUCAGAACAACCACAAAGUUUGCAUUAUCAGAAAAGAAAAGAAAAAAUUAAAUGCAGAGCCAAAUGCAACUUUCUCAACUGUUUCGUAGUCUAAGACAUUGAGCCUCUUGAGCUUGCUGAUCAAAAGGUUGGCAGUUCAAAUCCCCGUGAUCAAGUGAGCUCCUGUUGCUCUAUCCCAGCUCCUGCUAACCUAGCAGUUCAAAAGCACAUCGGUGCAAAGAGAUAAAUAGGUACCGCUGCGGUGGGAAGGUAAAUGGUGUUUCUGUGCGCUCUGGUUUCCAUCAGUGUUCUGUUGCGCCAGAAGCGGUUUAGUCAUGCUGGCCACAUGACCCGGAAAUUGUCUGUGGACAAAUGCUGGCUCCCUUGGCUUGAAAGCAAGAUGAGCACCGCAACCCCGUGGUCACCUUUGACUGGACUUAACCAUCCAGGGGUGCUUUACCUUUUUACUACUGCUACUACUGUUCUUACUUACACGCCACCAAUCUGACUGGGUUGCUUGUGGGAUGCUCUCCCUGAAGAGGCCCACCUGGGGCCUUUCACAUGGGUGGCUAUACCUUUUUGCGUUCAAGCGAAGAGCAUCGUGUGAAUGCAACAGCAACAACAAAAAAUCCGUUCUAUCCACCCCCCAUGUUUCGUGACAGCCCCAUGCUCUUGACUCGCUGUCGCUAUUCCUGAUAUUAUCAUCCCCUUCCUCUCCUCUCCUCCAUUAUACCUAAUUUGAUGUUUGAUGUUUGAUCGUGUUUUAAAUAUUCUGUUCUGUUGAGAGCCAGCCAGAGUGGCUGCGGGAACCCAGCCAGAUGGGCGGGGGUAUAAUAAUAAAAAUAUUAACAACAACAACAACAACAAUAAUAAUAUUGUUCGUUUGUAACGGAAAAUCAUUCAAAAGCAAGAAAAAUUUUUUUUUAAAGGAAGAGAACAUUUCUAACGGCUACGAAGCCACACGCUUUUUGGGUCGUGGGGUUGCUUCGUUGUUUGGGGUUGAGCGCGUUCACACGACGGAGCCGCGCCAAAAGAGCCUCCUUUCCCUCGACAGCCGCCGUUUUUAUAUCGCGCGCUUCUUCUCCUCCUCACAGGUUUUCCCGCUCUUUUUCCCGCCCAGCGCCGGGAGCGCGCACGUGGGGCGGCGGGCGCGCUCUCGCGGCCCGGCCCCGCCGUCCCUUACCCGGCCGUCUCCUCCUCAGCUUCGGGGGGAGGCGACCCGCCUCAGCCACUGCGCCGCCGCCGCCCGCGACGGAUAGAGGAGGACGGAGGGGGCAGCGAUGGUAGGUGGCCCGGGCCCGGGCUCGGCUUCUCCCUCCGUCGCCCUGCAGGCCCUCCCUCGGGAAGGCCCCGGUGCGGCGGGAAGAGAGGCCCGGCCCUGGCCGUCGAGGAAUGGCGGGUCUGGGGCGGCGGGUGGGGGGGAGGCUGGCUUAGCAGCGGGGCAAGCGAGAGGCGCCGGGUCUUACCUCGGGUGGGGGCUGGGAUGAGACGGGCCGGGCCUUCCGCAGUUCGGGUGCGAUGGGGAUAUCCCUUCCUUGGCACUUAUUAUUAUUCUCUCCCACCCCCGCCCUCCUUGCUGUACUGCUUCUUUUUUAAAGGUUUUGGCCUAGUUUUUCCUCCUAAAGACCAAUCCGACCGACCUCAGGCCGCAGGUGGGGAUCCUGAGUGAUGAGAUAACUCUCUACUUCCCCCCCCCUCCUCCCUCUCUGCAAUCCUGGGGAUGCCUGCUCAGAAGCAAGUCCCAUUCAGUUCCGUGGGACUUCCUCCCCCCGGGGAAAAAAGAUUGCAGCCAUACACACACAAUUUCUUGCAAGUAGGAAGCCAAGGCCCGUUGCAUUCAGUGGGACUUCCUGGGCAAGUAUGCGUAGGAUUUGCAGACACACACAUGCAAUUUAUUGCAAGUAGAAAGCUGGGGUUGUCUGCUCAGAAGCAAGCUCCGUUCAGUUCAGUGGGACUUCCUCCCCCAGGCAUAUACGAUUGCAGCUGUGCACACACAAUUUCCUGCAAGUAGGAAGCCAAGUCCCAUUGUAUUCAGUGGGACUUUGUGGGCAAGUAUGCAUAAGAUUUGCGGACACGCACACGCGCACACACAAUUUCUUACAAGCAGAAAGCUAUAUCGGGGAGAAGGCUAGAUUACAACCUUCCCAUUCCUAUCUACUCAUUGAAAAUGAGUGUUUUAGUUUGAACCCAAACUUUUUUGUUUGCAGGGAUUUUUGUUCUCUUGCCUGGAGGAAGGUUUUUGCCAGUUAAGACUUGGACCAAUGAGAGAUCGGUCACUGUGUGUGCAGCUAGUCCUACAAAGGCAAAGCCUGCAGCUUUCUCCUUGACAUGCUACUUAAUAAUAAUAAUACUUAACAUUAAGGGAUUUAUAUGCAUAUGUUGUCAAAUGUACUAUAACUUCAGAAGCGAUGAUUUACCACUGGUAGGAACUUACGAAGUUGCCUUGUAAGACAUUUAACCAUUGGCCCAUCUAACUUUUGUAUAUGCUGACUGGCAGCAGCUCUGCAGGGAGGUACUGGGGGUUGGCACUGCAGAAACCCCUGCAGCACUCACUAGCUGCCAUUGAGAAGUAGCAGCCUUCUGGGAGUGGAAGGCGGAUCAUCUUUGGAGAUUUGGGCUCCCUCCUGUGUGCGGUGGCAUUUAAAGUAGAGACAGCGAUGACAGCACUUCCUUUGCAAAGCAGGUGGGCAUGUGGCAGGUCAAAGCAGGAGCCAUCUCUGCUUGUCUGCUUCCUUUUCCCGCAUCGUCUCCCUCUGGAGUGCUGGGGAUUGGGCCCAGGACAGCCCCUUUGCCUUAGAGGCAGGGGAGCAGAGGUACCUGCUGCUCACAGGGAGCAAUGGUAACAGGGAGCUUGCCAUGUCCCCUUGUGCCAUGUGGUGUAUUGGGCUUUGUUUUCCACAGGCAUCUGGUUGGCCACUGUGAAAACAGGAUGCUAGACUAGAUGGACCAUUGGCUUGGUCCAGCAGGGCUCUGUUUAUGUUCUUAGGGUCACUUCUGCCUCUCAGUUGCUUUCUGUUGCUCCUGAAGGAGCGUUUCCACCCCCGUUGUUCUGCCUGGACACUGAGGUCAAGCGCUGAGGGCCUUCUAGCGAUUACCUCACCGUGAGAAGUGAUGUUACAGGGAACCAGGCAGAGGGCCUUCUCGGUAGUGGCGCCUGCCCUGUGGAACAUCCCAUUAGAUGUCAAGGAAAUACACAACUAUCUGACUUUUAGAAGACAUCUGAAGGCAGCCCUGUUUAGGGAAGUUUUAAUGAUUGACAUUUUAUUCUAUUUUUAGUGUUCUGAUGGGCGGGGUAUAAAUAAUAAAAUUAUUGUUAUUAUUCUGUUUCUGACUGGCACAACACAACUAGGCACAUUGCUGUGAUGGCAGCAGCUACAGUCAUACCUCGGGUUAAAGUAGCUUUGGGCUGAGAGUUUUCGGGUUGUGCUCUGUGGCGACCUGAAGUAAUGGGACAUGUUACUUCCGCGUUUCGCCGCAUGCGCAGAUGCUCAAAAUGACAUCAUGCGCAGACGUGGCGAAUCGUGACCUGCGCACGCGCAGACGCAGGUUGCGUUCACUUCAGGAUGCAAACGGGGCUCCGGAACGGAUCCCGUCGCAUCCAGAGGUACCACUGUAUUGCCUCUGCUGCUUUGUCAGCUGUUUCCAUACAUUGGCUAUCUUCUCCUGGUUGAUGUGGGAGAUAAUCCCAAGGACUUUAUCACCCAGAGAUAGAAAGUGAACAAGGGCAGUGGCUUCUUCACUCCUGAGUUGCCCACUAAGGCAUGUAAGCAGCAUAGGGAGUUCAAAGAGAAGGUGCAAUUGCAGUUUCUGCCCAUUUGCUCUUUGCUUCUGGGUGGAGAAGACCUACCGGUAAGUCCACGAUGCACAGACCUAACUGCUGUACCUCCUAAAGAGAGAGAGCAGAGGUGACAGCUUCUGCUUCCUGCAACUGCCUCUGUUGUUUAUUCAGGUGAGCAAACAGUGGUGGCAGCUGUUGCCUUUAAAUGCUUUGCGUCUCCCUCUGGGCAGUGUGGCAGGGAUGUUUUCCCUCUGGGGAAAGGUGGAGGGGGCCCUGAGCAUUUUUGCAGAGAACCCACUUUCCCAGAUUGGAAUAGGCCGUGUCCCACUACUGAGAAGCAGUAUAUCUUUUUAUGGUGGAGGAUAUUGUGUUUUCAAUGCUGCCUCAAAAUCUUGGGAUGGUUGGUACAGUGCUAGUCACUAGGGCAGUAAACAUGAAAGGAAUGUGGUGCAGUUUUCCAAUUUAAGUAACUUGCAGUGCAAUCCUACCUCUGUCUACUUGGAAGCAAGUACCAUUGCAUUUAGUGGGGCUAAAUCCAAAGUAAGUGGGUAUUGGAUUGCAUCUUUAUUAUGAGUGCCUUUCUUUUCCCCAGAGGGGGUUACAGCAUAACCUUGCAUAUUGGUGGGUUUCUUUUGUUGGGGUAUCCUACGGCUUUUGUGUGCGUGCAUGCAUUUAUAUCUCAGGGAAGUGUUUGAAAGAGCAGGAAAUAAUCAGAUAGUCAGCCACAUUAGAGAACCCUCCCUCCUCCAGUCUUGAGCCUGGUGUUAGAAAUCUGAAAUCUAGGUAUCUGGUUGGCCCUUGGGUACUCAUGUCUAUAGGAAGCAGCUUGGCUUGGCAAAUCCAAGACACCUUGAGAAACUUCCAGCAUCUUUUAUUCCUCCACCAGCAUGUUUUCCCAUCAGUUGUAAGAGACACAUGGAUUGAAUUCAUGCACUGGCAUGUUUAUGGUUCUUAAAGUAGGAUUCUAAAGAUUUAUGCUACAUUAUUAUUAUUUAUGUUGAUAAUAAAGAAUAAUGCAGAAGUAGUGUGUAUGUAGCAGCCAAAAGAACUUAACAAGGCCUUGACUAAAUACGUAUUUAUUGUUCUGCCAGUCAUGUCACCACUUCCUUGUAGGUCCCACCAGUGAUUAAACUGCGCACACUGCUCUCUGCUUGUCAUAUAGAUUGUAUUAAUAAAUAGUUUGUUUCUUACUCCCAGAGAGCUGUCUCUUACUGGUGUGUGUGGGGACUAUUCAUUUGGAAACAGAGGGUGUUAAGAAAACCAAACACAUUGUUCCUUGCUAAGCCAUGAAUAUGGAGUACACACUUUUAAAAUGGAAAGAGGUAGGCAAAGAAUUGCAGUAAAAAUAUUGGCUCAUAAAGGAAUUAAUAGGCAGAUUAUGACUAAAAUAUUAAAAAAUUCAAUAAUAGAUCUAUAUUUUACAAAUCUAGUUUUUUAAAUGAAAAUUCUGCUUGAUAUUCAUCGUGCCUUGAGAGCAUUCAGUCAGAACAAAACAUCCACAAAUGGGGAAGAUUUAUGCAAAUUGGAAUCUUGCUAAUUUCCUGAAAUUAUGAAGUUAAUAUGAAGCAAAGGCUUUCACCUGCAUGUUAAAGGAGUCCAACUGGCACAUUUGCAUCGCUCGUGGCAUUUUAAAGCUAGGUCUGUGGUGGCUGGUAAAAUUGAAAAGCAACUUACAAUGAACUAGGGCAGUAUUUAAUCUCUUUGCAUCCAAAAGAUUUAUUUAAUUAGUGGAUGUUCACAUAUUCAAACUUAGGAACAUAAGAAAAGCCCUGCUAGAUGAAACCAAAGGUGCAUCUAGGCCAGAAUCCUGUCCCCACAGUGGUGAAUGAGAUGCCCCUGGGAAGCCCAUAAGCAAGACAUGAGUGCAAGGGCACUCUCCCUACUUUCAGUUCCCAGCAAGUGAUAGUCAGUGGUUUGGGACACGGGUGGCGCUGUGGUCUAAACCACUGAGCCACUUGGGCUUGCCGAUCAGAAGGUCGGCGGUUCGAAUCCCCGUGGCGGGGUGAGCUCCUGUUGCUCUGUCCCAGCUCCUGCAACCUAGCAGUUGGAAAGCACACCGGUGCUAGUAGAUAAAUAGGUACCGCUGUGGCGGGAAGAUAAACAGUGUUUCUGUGCGCUCUGGUUUCCAUCACAGUGUUCCGUUGCGCCAGAAACGGUUUAGUCAUGCUGCCCACAUGACCCAGAAAGCUGUCUGUGGACAAACACCGACUCCCUUGGCUUGAAAGCGAGAUGAGCACCGCAACCCCAUGGUCGCCUUUGAGUGGAUGUAACCGUCCAGAGGUCCUAUCCCUUUUUACCUUACCUUAUUCAGAGGCAUAGUACCUCAGAUACCAUACACAGCCAUCAUGAUUAGUAGUUAUCUGUCCUCAUACUUCCAGCAGCUUUGUUGGCUAACUCCUGGCUCUAAUGUUAUGAGAGGAGGAGAAAAUUGAUAGUAAUUUUAUUUUCUGUGACAAAGUGGAUGGGACAUCCUGCAAAAUUUUAUACACCCCUAUCAUGCCAUGCCCCAGCAGUACACAUUUCCCCCCAAAACUAAGUAAGCCCCAAAUGUUUUAAACUUUUUUUGUUGAGAGGUUGCUCCACCCCUUUGAUCAUUUUGAUCGCCUGUUUCUGAACCUUUCCCAGGCUUAUCGCAGAAAUCAAAGGGUACAGCUAUAGACCUAAAACAGCAUUGCAAGUUAUGUUCCUUGCAUCUGGCAGAACACUGUUCUGUGUUGCUAACAGUUUACAUUGUUUUCUUCUUCCAGUUGUUCCCUGCUUCCAGAUUCUAUGUAAUCAAUUUAGUUCUGAACUCUUGGGCUGUUUUUUUGUAAUUACCAGGGUGUGGUUUAUUUUCUGUCAUUGACAUAACCCCACUCCUUGCUUGUAUAAGAGUUCAAAGUAUAAACUAGGGUUAUAAACUGGUCGGUUAAAUUCAUUUAAAUAUUUAUAUGAUACCAAGCCUUAAUUUCUUCUGGGGAGCAACAGUGGGAGAGUGCUGUUCCAGGGUGUAGGUGCUGCCACACUAAAAUACCUUACAGCUGCAGAACGUGUAUGAUGCGAGACCUGUAACAGUGCCAGCUCCACAGCAAGUUAUUAGCCAUUGCUCAAAGAAAUACUGUGUUUAAAUGUUUCUUCACCCGACAGAAGAAUUUAGAUAUUUAGGGUUGUUCAGGGUUUCACUUGAGAACGUGAAUGUUCACACAUGCAAGCCCUGCCCUCAAUGUUCCCAGAUGUGUGGACUCCUGUUUAGACCUUUGUGUGAUUAGAAGGGGAAUUUAAAGUGCAUUUUGCUAUAAACCCACUUAGGAAACUCCCCUUGAUUUGGAGCCCUUUCUUACCAUGGUUCCUGGUAGCAGGGAGGUAUCAGCAGAGUGCAGUUCAAAACUUCCUUCAAACCUUUGUGGUAGUUGCACCAAGAUCUGAAAAGGAGCCAGCAUGCCCAGUGACACUAGGGAUGAGGCUAGAAUGUGAAUCCUGCUCGCAUCCAUGGUUUCAGUGUUUGCAUAUUUGCAAGGAUGCUUGAACACACCUGAGUAAAACCUUAAAAUGUCUCAAAACUGUCUCAGUAUUGUAGGAAGAUCCAUAUUUGAAAGUAGUGGCAUGAACUUUGGUUUGCAACUGCCUGCUUUGGCAAACUGGCUAUUGCUGUUAGAAGGGAAUCUUAGUUUUAGUAGGUUGGUGGAUUUACUGCAAAAGAUACAUUAUGUGCGAGAUCCCCCCCCCCCCCCCAAAUCCAAGGGCUGUUAGUUUAAGUGAACUGUAGAUCAGGCAGACCUGAAAAUGAUAAAGGGAAGAGUUAUCUGAAAAAAGAAUAACCAGCUACCCUGCAUAUUCACACAGGAAAUAUUUUUAAUCUGUAUCUAUCUAGGCCUGGUUGUAUUUCCCAGACAUUCAAGAAGACAAGUGAUAGCAUAGCAGUUUGAAAAAUAUAAAGUGAGUAGCCCUUUGCUUCUUAUAAGCUUAAUAACAGUAAUGGCUUCCACAAGAAACAGUUGUAGAUCAUGAGAAGACAAGCUUCCAAAUGGAUAGGGACAUUCUGAUGAAUCACAUCUGAAGUUGCUCCUUAAAAUUAAUAAGUUCCUUUAUUUAUUUAAAGCAAUAUCUACCAAACUUUUCUGCUUAUAUAAAAUCAUGAAAAACAAGACAUUCCCCACCUGUACGCUUACAGUCUAAAAGACACAACACAAAACAAAAAGGGGAUAAGGAGGGAAGAGGAAACUAACCAAACUCAGGCACCAAUUUUUAAAUUACAGAGUUCUAAUAAUGACUCAGUGGUACGAAAAUAGCAAGAGGUGAAGCCAAAUAGAACCAGUGGGGAUACCCUGCUUUCCACCAUGUUGACAUGAUGGGUGGCUGCUGCUAGGUUCCGUUGUUGUCAGCCCCACCAAUUAAUCAAAGAGCACGUUAUACCCUGCAAUUAAAGAUUUAAUGGAGUCAGUCAUUAAUACCACAAGAUUAUGUCUAUUAAAUCAAUAUAGGGCAGACGAGUAGCAUUUGUGCCAAAUCAACAUUAAUCUGCAACUUAAGCAUAGUGCGGGCAAAACUUGUAGCAUAGUCUUAAGUGUAUCUACUGUCAUUAAACCCCACAGGGUUCAAAGGGGUUUACUUCUUAGUGAAUAAAUAUGUCCUCUUCUCUCCCACAACAGAGUUUGGCUGUUACAUGCAUUUGGGAUUCAUCUUAAAAUGGCAGUGGAAUAUUGUCUUAAGUGGUAACAAGAAUAAUGGGAGGAACUGUGUACUAUAGUCUGAUGAUGACACCAUUUUGUAGAUAUUCGUUAUUUUCUCCAAGUGAAUUUCAUGACCAAGUGUGAAUUUGAACCCAGGUUCUCCAUCCUAAAUCUAACCCUAGCUCACAGGAUUACAUUUUAGGUGCUUUGUAGCCACCUUGACUUCACUGUUGAAUUUGUUGAUAGUUUGCUUUGACUUGAGGUUUGGAUUUAUAGGUAAAUAUUGAGAACAUGGUGAUCAGUGCUUAAUGUUUCCAUUCAGGUUUAGCGUUCCUAUAUGGUAUGUGAAUACUGUUCAGUCUUUCUGUUGACAACAUCUUCUAAUGAAGUAUAUGGGAAUGAAUACAUUCACUGAGGAUGUUAAGUAGUGCAAGGUUGUAUGAUUUGGAAAAUUACAAUUCCAUUGUUGUUUGACUAAAUGAAACAGAUGGCUAUUUCUUUUUUAAAGUACUUAAUGAAAAUAACCAUUAUAGAGUUAUAUAGGGCUAAACCUGCACUUCUCUGUAUUUGUUUCCGAGAUUAAUCAUGGUGUUUUCCCCUUAAUUGUAUUGUCAAGAAGCAAAUUAUGCAUAGCUAGCACUCUAAACGUUUCUUGGUAAUUUUGUCAAAUGCACAGUGGGAAAAUAAGUAUUGCCGUACUGGUAAAAUCAUACAGCGUAGCAGGGAAACUUAAAAUAUUAUUCCAUUCCAUUUAAAGCUGUCUGGUGGAACAAAAUGACUGUACACUAAUUAGUCUUAUAUGCAAUUUCAGUCCUGAAGGGUUCCAUCUUUGUGACACUUUAGUUUUUCCAACUGUGACGUGGGUAUUCCUAUAGGAGGUCACUGUUGCUAGGGAAGGCCUGAACAUACAGGAAAGGAAGGAAGCAGAAUGAGGAUCAAAUUAAAAAAAGAACAGUGAUGCCUAAGAGGAAGUCAAUCUGAACAGAGGGAACCAAAUGCUACCGCACACAAAUGGCUUAUUUAGAGUUAUUUUGUGGUUGGGGGCAGAAUUCCCUAGACAGUUAAACUGAGAAAGACUUUCUACCUAAGGAAUCCCAGAAAGCUCCUGGCAAUCAUAUACUGGGCUUAUAGCAGUAUGGGCUUUCCUGUAAAAAAAAGAAGCAGAAACGGUGAUUUCCCCCCUUUGCCCUUAUCAGUGGAGAUCUCCUUUAGCAUGUUUGCCUUAAGAGUUAGUAAACAAAUUACAUAUGCUGUAUGAAUAACUGGGACAAAAAUACAGUAGUCCAGAUUAGUUGAACUGAAAUAUUUGAAAAGGGAAAAAAAUUAAGUGCACUUUUCAUUCAAAACAUAUAUUCAAGCAUAUUCAAAGCUUUACUAGAAAAUUAUUGUAUUGGAAUACUUGUAAAUAUUUUAAGACAUGACAACCCUUACUAUAUCUAUAUCUGUAGCUAUAUCUAUCUUUAUAUUUAUAGAUAGAUAUAACAGUUUAAUAACACAUAAUUACACGUUUCUGGAUUGAACAAAACCAUCCACUGAUGCAUCACCCUCGCUUGUGCUAAGAAAAUCUAGCUAAGACUGCCUACCCAUAUAAGGCUAAGAAAAAUAUUUUAUGGGCUAGAUAUUUUGUUUAUAUUGUGAUCCUCAGAUGAAGGGUGAUACAGAAAUAAAAUAAAUAAUAAAUAUGGAACAUGGUCUGUGUGAGUGGAACUGUAGCUAAAAGCCAUUUGGCUGUGCUUUUAGUUGUCAUUUUUAUCAGAAAUCCAUUCUCUGCAAGCCUUUGACUCUCCAAACCAUGUAUUUUGCCCUCCAAGGAAUAGUACCAGAUCCUUUUUGAAUCCAUCUUAAAUUAACUCUCUCUUUGGCUUGAAGUUAAUUGAAGUCUCUCCUCUCCCCAAACCAAACCAAACCAAACCCAUGUAAGGUCUUAAACGGGGCAUCGCCAAAACCAGUGAAUUCUUUCUAGUGUUAAGUUUCCUUCCUCUCUCCCAUAAUCAGAUUUAGUAUUUGAUGCAGUAAUUCUUUUAGCAGCUCAGGGGUGUUGCCAGAAAUUUAGAACUUUGAACUUAGGCCCAACCUACUUAAAAUGCAUACACCCCUGUAAUACAAAGCUCUCUUCCUAAAAUUGCAAGGAUGGGGAGCAUUCAGCACGUGCUCCUGCACCAGCAGGAUGUAAGAUUUGAAUUAUAGUAGUAUGACACAGCACUGUUCGCGUUGUACAUAAGGCACUGCUGAGUAAUGGUAAUGUUUUCAGGGCAACUCUGGCAACGGAGUGGGACUGCUUAUCCAUCGCUAAUCUGUGUGGCAUUUUGGCUUCCAUGGUGCACCUCCAAAGGGCUCCAGCCUUUUGGAGACCAAGGGCACAUUUGCAAACCAGAAAAACGGAUGUGGCCACCACACUGACACAGCUAGCGCAGUUACACAUGCACUGCCGUCACACACUCUCCCCUCUGUCAGCAGUUUGGCUUGAAAAGUGUUAGCUCUCCAUUCCCAGGUGUAACACACACACACACACACACACACACACACACACACACACCCUACACACAUGAAAUCGCUCCCUGCAUUGCAGGAAGGUGUCAAAGAAGCCUGCUAUUGGCUACAAUAAAAAUGUUUGUUUCAAGCUUAAUUCUGUGGGAGGUGGAACAGAGAAAGGACUGGGAUCUUGCAAGUGCAGGCACCAUGUUCGUAAUGCAUGCGCUAGGCAGCUCAAGACUGUAGGCUAAAUAUUUGCAGGCAACUUUUUAUCACGUAAUUACAGCUAGUAGGUAGGAUGGCAGAUAGGAUAUGGUGCAACUUGUACAGCUUCUUCUGUGUCUGGAAUUUAUACCCCACUGUAGUUGUGCACCUCUGUAGGACGAUUGCAUGCUAUCACAUUCAGAUUAUUCUAUUAUCAGGCACCUUUUUGCAUCAUUGACCUGUUUUCAGAAGCGCUCACGUUUAAGCAGAAGCAAACUGGCAACUCUUGAGAAGCAGGCUUCUAGAAAGAGGGGUUAGUUUUGAAACCUGUUUGACGUUUUGCUUCUGGUACCCCAAAGUGAUGGCUUUUUAAGUUCUAAUUUUUUCUGUGAUGCUGAUGGUGUAUUAGGAACAACAUGUUUUGAAAGUGAGAUGCCAGCUUGGUACUGUACCACUCAGUGAACCCUUAUUUCAAAAAUUUGCCCACACAGCCUUGUGUCGAGAGAGGAAUGCUCUAGCCCAGGAGGAGCAGAAGGUGGAUUUGGGGUCUUCUGGUAGAUCUCUAGAAGGUCUGCAGUGGAUGAGUGUGGGUUUCUGACCUUUAGUGGUCAACAAUAGCAAAUAAUUAAUGUCUUAGAAAUAAUUCACUAGGGUUGCUGAAAUUAAGAAUGCUUUUGUGGAAGAAUCUGUAUAAGUGUUUUUUGUGCAAAAGAACUGUAAGCUCAGUUUUUAUAAUGGGGGGGGGGACCUUCAGCAAAUAUGCUCAGAGGCACGCUCUUCCUUAAUUCUCAGUGUUUGCCAGCCCCUCCAAAUCAUUUUUUCCCUUUCUCCUAGCUCUGGGUGGUGCACCCUUUGGGUACAGUGCAAAGUGCUUACAAUACCCCUCCCUACUCACCCAACUCACUCUGCUUUGAGGGAGGGGAGCUGUACAUGUACUAAUACAGGAAGCAGAGUUGGAUCCAAGCUCUAAAGGAAGGGGUGAGCUGCACCUUUAUGCCAGGGAGGGGGCUAACACCAGAUCCUGUACUUACAACACAUCCAAUUGGUGGGAUGCAUUAAGCAACAUGCCAACACAUAGUAAACCAUAAUUACUUUAGUUUAGACCCUUUCAAAUGCAAGAAGUCUGUCUCUUUAAACAAUUUAAAUUUAUGUCUAAUUUGAUAUUGUAUAUUUCUUGUACACAUAUGGAGGUUUUGCUGUGACUGUGCAAUCACCAGUGGUGUAAUUUGGCCUAAUUAGCCUUUGCUUAGUGAUUUGGGAUGUCUAUCAAGGACUGUUAUGUUCUCAGGAAACGUAGUGAGUUAAAAGCUAAUGCAGUGACCUCAUCUCUAUUCAUUAAGCUCCAGAGUAUAAACUGCACUGGAGAGCGACUGUUAAACCGUAUCAGUCCAUUUUUAUGCUGCAAGUUAAUCUGCUUUAAUUUGGAUACUAAAUUUAUUCAAUUUAACAUUUGCAGUUAUAACGGGAAAUAAUUUACAGGAAAAAAUGCAGUAUAUUGUUCACUUCCCUUUUUGCCUUGCUUGCAAACGUUUCUCGGGAUUUUGUUGUUGGUGGUGAGGCACAAUCAUUUUUAUUUUCUUGGGUUCUUUAAAAUGAUGUUCCUGUUUGAAAAUUGGUAUGGCUUCAAGGGGAAAUUAUUAGCCAAGGACCAAUAGAAAACACACACAUUUGUAUCAUUUACUUUGUGCGAAUGGUUUGCCUUUCUACUUAAACCGAUCAUUAAAUGAGAGUGCAGCCACCGGCUCUUUAAUAUUAGAGCUAUAUGCACACUGUGUCGCUGUGCUGCUGGUCCAAUCGCUCUUUGUGACUUCAGCUAUUGGCUCAGAACGCUGCUUGUCUGACUCCAUCUGCAGGGCUCUAACACCUCCUGCACUCAGAUCCAUUCAACACACAACUCGCGCCAGCUGACAAGCAAGCAGCAGCAGCAGCAGCAUAUCUUGCUCUCCUACUUUGUUUUGCCACACAACAAAGCUCUCUCGCAAGCAAAUGAAGCUGGGAGUCAUGAUGGGGAGGAGUUUGACAGAUCAAGUACUGGAUCAAACUUAAAAAGCUAAUAUCUUAAUUCAGCAUACUGGAAAAAAGGUCACCUUGCCUUGCUGGAAAAAGAAGCACACAAUCUCAGCCUUGCAGCUCUGUGUUCGGUACCUUCUGCUUUCCUCUGUUCUACGUAGUUAGGCUAUCUGAUUACACAGACGAGGAUACUCAUGGUAGAUGACAAGGGAAAGAACAUGAAAUGUCUCACCUUCUUCUUGAUGCUUCCAGAGACAGUUAAGAACAGGUCCAAGAAAAGCUCCAAGAAGGCAAGCAGUAGCAGUGGUGGCAGCAGCAGCAAGUUACCUCCAGUUUGCUAUGAAAUCAUUACCUUGAAGACUAAAAAGAAGAAGAAGAUGGCUGCUGAUAUUUUCCCCCGAAAGAAGCCGGCGAACAGUAACACCACUGCUGUCCAGCAAUACCACCAGCAAAACAUCAAUAACAACAACAUCAUCCCAGCUCCAAACUGGCAAGGACUGUACCCCACCAUCCGAGAAAGGUAAGCAAGUUGGGAAAUGGUUUCUUAAUUGUGCUUUUCAGUUCAGUGGCAGUCUGUAGUGAGAUGUGUGCCCUCUUUUCGAACAGCAUGCCUUCCCGUUAGGCAGUGCUCAAAGAAGGGGAAAUGCUUUUACUUUCCCCUUGUGCAGUUGUUAUUUUUUCUCCUGAUAAUGAAGAAUAUUUUUGCAUGCAAGCUGCCAUGAUUUAACCUCUUAGGCAUUCUUCUCUCAUGAAGGCACAUUCACGCCAUAUUAAUCUUCAUAUUUGAUCACACAGUUUAGCAUUUUUACUUUUACAAAAGUUCUUGCUAAGUUUUUCUUGCAGUGUCAUACUUUUUUAAUUAUUAAAAAAUGGCCAGAGCUUGGUUCAUUUAAUGAUUAUUAAAGUCAUUUAAAAUUUGUUCUGCUUUUUUCAAAAAGGACUGUUUUCUUUCUCUCUUUGUGUUUGUGUGUUUUCUUGGUUGCUCUUGAAAGAUUGUAACAUUUUAAGGAGCUGAAUUGCAUGUAUGGGAUGCUGAAACCCUAAAAUAACUUAUUGCCUCUGUUUGUAGAAAUGCAGUAAUGUUCAACAAUGACUUGAUGGCAGAUGUUCAUUUUGUGGUUGGUCCACCAGGUGGGACCCAGCGGUUGCCAGGACACAAAGUAAGCAACAGCUGCAUUACUAGAUCUGACAUGGGAAAAGCAAGGGGAACAUCAACCGUUGCCAUUGUAACUUAGUGUGGGAGGCUUGGGUACUGGAACUGACAUAAUUAUGGAAGCUUUUAAGCAUCUUUGCCUGGUGAAAUGCUUUAGCAGUUUCCCCUCCAGUUAAAUAUCUUUGCUACUGUAAUACAAGGUUGGGAAAAUCUGUGUCUGUUUCUAGACCAGAGUUCCCAGCCAUGCUAGCCGUUGGGCAUGGGAGUUGUAGUUCAACAUGUUCCUCAACUGUGCAGUACAAUAUUACCCCCUCCAAAAUCUUGUUUUACUGAUUUAUGACAUUAUUAUCCUAUCCUUCCACCAAUCUGCCCUCCUUUUAAAAACUCACAACAACCCUGUGAAGUAGGUUAUGCUGAGACGGCGGCUGGUCCAAAGUCACCCCAUAAGUGGAAAUUUGAUCUCAGGCCUCCACAUAUAACAUUCUGAAACACUGCAACACACUGCCUCCCAGUGGGGAUAGCAAUGUAUUAGAAUAGCAGUCUGUUCAGGGAUGUGGAUGGGGUUUCUCCAGGAUUCCCUUAGUGAGUUUUGCUUUAAAAAUUUAGAGUGCAAAGUGAAGCCAUGCCAUGCUCUCUCAUUACUGUUGAUUGCCUUCAUGGCUUCAUUCUUAAUGCUCACUGUGGCGCUGCCACAUUUCUGCUUUUCUGUUGGUGAUGAAUUUUGUUCUAAAGCAUGAAAUAAUAUUUCCCUUUUUGAACAGUAUGUCUUAGCUGUUGGAAGCUCUGUAUUCCAUGCAAUGUUUUAUGGAGAGCUUGCUGAGGACAAAGAUGAAAUCCGUAUACCAGAUGUGGAGCCUGCUGCUUUCCUCGCUAUGCUGAAGUAAGCAUCCUUCUUCAUUGCUGGAAGUGAAAUUGUUUGUACUUGAUCUAGUAAUGCCAUAGUUAAAAAGUUAGGCAUUGUCAUAAAGAAAGAAUUGAUGUGCAAAUGCACUCAUUAGCUUAUGGAUACGGUGUCUGUAGUUGUGUGUUAAUUAUAGGACUUUUAAAAAUGAAUAUUUUAUUUAUCCCUCCCUUCCUUCAGAUGUCAAAGAGAUAAAGAAUUAAACAACUUUUAGAAGACAUCUGAAGGCAGCUCUGUAUCGGGAGGUUUUUAACGCUUCAUGUUUUAUGUUUUUAGAUAUGCUGUAAACCGCUCAGAGUGGCUGGGGAAACCCAGCCAGAUGGGUGGGGUGUUGUUGUUGUUGUUGUUGUUUUAUUAAUAAUAACCCCUCACUUCCCUUCCCCGCCUCCAUCUCCUGCAUAUUUAUUUAGUCAGCAGGUCACAUUGGUCAAGCUGCUUUUUCAUAUACUUUAUAAAGAAUUGAAUAUAAAAAGGAAGAGCUUUAAAAUAGGGUGAAAAGGAAAGAUUCCAAACUACUAAUAUACUGUUGCCCGUUUUAGAUGCAACACCAAGCCAAACCAUGGCUUAGCACAUCUGAGCAAGCAUGCAAGUCUCCAGAGUGAAGAUCACAGCCUCAACAAUCCUAUCUCAGUCUUGCUGCUGUCAUGCUUCCUGGGGCUAAGCCAUGGUUUGGCUUAGUCUUCCUUCCACGAUCCAGGGUCAUGGUUUGACUCACUUCAGAGAUACAAUGCAUGGCAAAGCAAGAACAAACCUUGGUUGCAGCGGGUGGUUUGUCUGGUGCAAGGUGAACCAUGGGACACAAUCUUCACUCUGAGAUCUCACACGUUUCCUCAUUCCCAAUAAACCAUGAUUUGGCUUAGCAUUACAGGUGAACCAGGUCUGCAUUUGUUUGUGCUACCCCUUUUUCUAACGACACAAUUCCUUUUUAUUCCUGAUAAGCGCAGCUUCUGAUGAUACUGUAAACUUCUGAAAUGCAGUCACUGAUGAUAAUGUUUUCUUAUAGGCAGGAUGAAUUUUCAAAUGUUAAAAAUAAUAUUUUCUUAAAUGCUGUUUCUGCAUUUUAAACUUGAACUGAGGAAAGGACAUGCAUUUGGGGGGGGGGUGAUUUCUCCCUCCACCCAGCUUGUUUUUCUUGCAUGACGAGUGGGAAGUAAGGAAGAGCAAGUUGCUUUCUAACAAUGAUUGCCCAUUAACUCAGGAUUUAAUUUAGAAUGUGUAUUUGGAAACAUCUAGCAUUUCUUAUUAAAAAAUAAUCGUUUUUCUUUGCGGCGUCUGUUACUGUUUUAUAUGUGUGCUUAUAUAUUAUAAAAAUCCUUUCACUGUGCCAUUGAAUCCCCCUGCAAGCUUUGCCUGACCAUGUAACUGCUAAAUAUUAGUUUCCCGUCUGGAUUGCCUUGGCGAUUGUGAAGGGCACUUUCUAACUUUUCCUUAGGGUGCUUUUGCUGCUUGUAGCUGUGGUUAGUCAGCACACGAUUGUGUGAAGAGCUUCAAAGAAAGGAGAUGACACGUACGAACCGCCAAGAUGCAGUUGUGUCGUCAUUUGUGGCUAGAUCUGUCAAACUGCGAAGGUUGCAGUAUUUAAAUAUAGGUGUUACGUCCUGAUGCAAAUGGGAUGUUGUCAGGUGAAUAGUAUGAUAUGUUCAGGUUAUAAAUACCAGCAGUGCCUUAGGUAGAUAUGGGAUCUUCGGUUGAAUCUUACCGUGCCAGAAAAAAAGGAUUUACUGCUUGAUGCAGCUCUACAGUGGAAAUAGUUUAUAUCUUCCUAAAUGCAGGCACUAGGAGGCAUACUCAAACAGAGCACAGUCUAAUACAGGUUUAAGGGCACUUCACAACCUUUGAUUUCAGUAGGCCUUUGAUUUCAGUAGAUACUUGUGUGUGUUCUGCUGUGCACUUAAUUGUACUCUUGGUGUGCACAGUUCUGGAAACACGGAUUUAAGAGUAAGACGAGUGGAUUCAUCCUAAUGAAAACAUGUUUAAUACUCAACAUUUACACUGAGCUGGACUCUCCCCUGUCAAAAUAGGGUAGCAGCGGAAACAUCACAAUGGAAAUACCAUGUUUUCACUAUCCAUAGCUAAGGUUUGCCAGGAGAGAAGAAAGAAGGGAAGGGUGCAAACCAGGUCACUGGUGUCUCCAUUCUUGAUUUUUUCUUUUGGUGAUAACCAGUUUAUUACCUUUCUGCGGCAAUUUUUUAAAAGCAUCUCUAAAAUUAGGAGCCAGACAUUUUUGCAAUUAAAGAAAAAUAUGGCUCUUAGAGUAGCCUUAGGUGUACUUUAUUGUCCUAGUUCAUGACCAAACUAUACAAGAUGUUUAACUCUUUCAUCUCUUGAUAACAGUCCUGAGGAAGGUGCCUCUUCGGAGGCUGGUAUUUGUUUUGUAGGGUAAAUUUCCAAAACCAGGGUGGAGGAGGGAUUUUCCUCGGGACUGCAGCUGGGGAGAUUUACCCCAAACUGCCUGGUGUUAUUUGCAGUGUUGAAAACUGGCCCAUUAAAGACACAUUUAACCACAUCUAGGCAAGGUACAGCAAAAGGUAAAUCUGUAAAGUGGCUUAAAGCAUAUCUUACUGGUAUUUGUAAGCUACUCUGUGAGACUGUUUUCUGUUGAAGAGUAGGAUUAAAAUUAUUUUAAUAGAAAAAUUUAGGCCCCUGGUUUCUAAUAUGUUUACAGUAUGUUAAAAUAUGUGGUGUUAAAACCUACUUGGUUUCUAUAUCUCAUGUUUUGAAUGCAUAAAACCUCUACACCGGUGAUGUGCACAUUUGCUCUGAACAUAAAAGGAAAAUAUGCAUAUUCCUUAAAGUAUUAGUUACCAUUUCUAUGUAUGGUAAGUGUCACUUAAACAGUCGGAGCUUUUGUCUGACAGUUGCUUUUAAUCCACCAAAAAUCCCCAAAGCAAUUUCAUUGUUAUAAUAAAAGUUUCAUUUUAAAAAGACCACAGGUAAAUUAGCCUGUUGCUACUGUUUAUAAUAGCUGUGCAAGUUAGAUAUUUAACAUCCCUAAGUGCUGUCUUCUAUGCUGUAUUCUUUCUGACACUGAAAAUCCCAAGGGCUAGAAGUACGUGUUAAAACAUUGUGCAUCCAAGAGAGAUUAUGGUUGCCUUGUAAAUGAGCAGCUAGUGCCCCAUAGGGAAAAUCAAAAGAAGUAAAUACAAAUCUUUUAAACGAGCUUAAGUGAAAUUGACACCAAAGCUUCACAAAUAUAGUUCAAAAUAUUCUGCCGCCACCCCCAGCAACAAAUGGCUUUUAAACAAUGUCAUGACUACCUUCAUCCUCCUUGCCUUGCCCCAGUGCCAGAUCAAAACCAGUUUGUGCUACUUCCCUCCCUCCAAAUAAUUAACUUUGCUAGAAAUUACUAGGUUUCCCAUUGUGAUCUGCAAGUCAUACAUAUAUGGCUGCUCUAAACUCUUCAUCAUGGUCAGGUUGAAUGUUCAGCAUGAAUUGCAUGCAGUAUGCAAAACUGAAGCCAGAUUGAAAGAGAAGUACCUUUGCCUUGUUCGUGUGCUCGAGUAAUGCCUCCUUUUCUUCUUCUUCAUUGUGCUUGGGAGCUGGAGGAGGAUAGGCAGUAUAAACUAAGGGUACUACUGGAUGUGCAUUUUUGGAGUAUGCUGUGAGUUCACUUGGGAGACAGCCUAUCAGCUUCUUAGGGGGGCUAUCCCAAUCUGAAAGAGUUUGGCUUCAAAACCCAGCUAGAUCCCCAAACAAUCUAUUGCAGGCACACUACAAUCUGCCCCAUAAUCUUAUGUGGAAUGGAUUGUGGAAGAUGUUCUCUGGAGUACUUUGAUCACUUCCCUUGAGUGAUCCGAUUGCAAUGUCAGUUGUCAGAAACAAGGAAAAGAAGACCUCUGUAGAUGAUAGGAUGAGGGUGUCCAUCUAGUUGACCACCAUCCUUUCCAACAAUGGUCGGUCCCUGGUGAAGCCCACAAGCAGCCCCUCCAUUGUCUGCAGCUGGUAUCCAGAGAGACACAGCCAUUGAACCUGAAUAAUCAAUUUAACUAGUCAUAGUGAAUAAGCAUUUUAGAGAGAGCGAUCUUCCAUAAAUAUGUCUGCUCUUUUACUGGCUACCUAAGCCAAUGGUAAUUACCACACAUUGUGUUGGCGAAUUCAGUACAUUUGUAUAUUCAUUUUCGAACAGAUUAGUUUUCAAACGUUUUGGCUCCCGAAUGCUGCAAACCCGGAAGUGAGUGUUCUGGUUUGCAGACUAUUUUUGGAAGCUGAACGUCCAACGGGGCUUCAGUGGCCAAUCAGAGCCACGCUUUGGUUUCCAAACAUUUUGGAAGUCGAACGGACUUCCAGAACAGAUUCCUUUCGACUUCCAAGGUACGAUUGUAUUUUAAUUGUAUGUUCUGUGAAGAAGUGCUUUUUGUCUGUCAUGAGCAGAGUUAUUGACAUUUUUUCCUGAAAUACAAGUCCAUUAUAUUUCACCACGCGCCAAAUUAAAUUGGUUGUCAACUUUACACUAUAAUGAGCUAAAGCUUAAGUUGAUUGAUUCAUGGGGCUGCCAGUUAAGGGCACAGAUGUUCAUCAAGGCAACUUCCGUUGCAGUGCAUUGCAGUGCUGUGGAAUGAAAAAAGACCAUAUGAAACAUUGCCUCCUGAGCAUUUGCAGAUUUUAGUCACCCAUAUUGAGGUUUUGAUGAGCUUAAGAAAAGGUAGAUGACAAAUCAACAAAUUAAGCAUUUGUUGCAAAUAAUUCCUGAACAACUAUAUUAGCGUUUUAUCAUACAUGUGUCUUUCACUACUAGUGUUCUUGAAAAACGUCCAUCUGUUUUGUUAACAGUAUUACAUGCGUGUCUUUUAUUGCAGAUACAUAUAUUGUGAUGAAAUUGACUUGGCUGCGGAUACAGUUCUGGCAACUCUUUACGCUGCCAAGAAGUACAUCGUUCCUCAUCUUGCCCGUGCAUGUGUUAACUUCCUAGAGACGAGUCUGAGUGCAAAAAACGCUUGUGUACUGCUCUCCCAGAGCUGCUUAUUUGAGGAACCAGACCUGACUGAGCGCUGCUGGGAAGUGAUUGAUGCCCAGGCAGAGCUGGCUUUGAAAUCAGAAGGGUUCUGUGACAUUGAUUUUCAAACACUCGAAAGCAUCCUCCAGAGGGAGACCCUGAAUGCCAAAGAAAUUGUGGUUUUUGAAGCUGCUCUCAGUUGGGCCGAAGUAGAGUGUCAACGCCAAGAGCUACCUGCCAGCAUAGAAAACAAGCGCAAAGUCCUUGGGAAGGCCCUCUAUCUCAUCCGCAUCCCUACGAUGGCGCUUGAUGACUUUGCAAAUGGUGCUGCUCAGUCCGGCAUCCUGACCCUCAAUGAAACAAACGAUAUCUUCCUUUGGUACACGGCUGCCAAAAAGCCAGAGCUGCAGUUUGUGAGCAAUGCCCGGAAAGGCCUUGUCCCGCAACGCUGCCACCGCUUCCAGUCUUGUGCCUACCGCAGCAACCAGUGGCGCUACAGGGGCCGUUGUGACAGCAUACAGUUUGCUGUUGACAAAAGAGUGUUCAUUGCUGGCUUCGGGCUCUAUGGCUCCAGCUGUGGAUCGGCCGAAUACAGUGCCAAGAUUGAACUCAAACGGCAAGGCGUUAUCCUAGGGCAAAACUUGAGCAAGUACUUCUCUGACGGAUCUAGCAACACUUUCCCAGUGUGGUUUGAGUACCCCGUGCAGAUUGAACCAGAUACCUUUUACACAGCUAGUGUGAUUCUGGAUGGAAAUGAACUCAGCUAUUUUGGACAGGAAGGGAUGACAGAAGUUCAGUGCGGCAAAGUAACUGUGCAGUUCCAGUGCUCUUCAGACAGUACCAAUGGCACUGGGGUUCAGGGGGGGCAGAUUCCAGAACUUAUCUUUUAUGCCUGAAAGAAGAUGGGUUCCAGAACAUGGAGAGUGCUGUUCUAUGGUGUAUAUGUCUGGUCCAGACCUGUUUGAUACUUACCUUGCUGUCUGCAGAUAUGUGAUCAGUACAGGUAAUAUGUUCCUGAAAUGCAGUGAACAGCUUAAUGCUUGCUGUACUUUUGUAGCCUAAGUGUAAAAUUCUUUUUACUGGGAGCUCCCAGGAACAAGCAAAUGAGCAAAUUAUAAAAGUCAAGAGUUUCACAGCCUUACCACAGAUGAGAUGGCCUUUUUUUGUGAAAGAAAGGAAAUAGAUGUUCUUCUCCAUGCUGUUUCCCACCUACCCUUUUAACUUGCUACUUUCUCCUGUUCUUUUGACUUAUUUAUUUUUGUUUGCUCCAUGCCAUAGGCUUUUCAAACAUCUCACUGUUUGUUUUAAUGGACACCCCCUCACACUUCCACUGGAGGCUGAUUUGGCAGCAACACCACCAAUUCACACAAAAUCAGUUUUGCUAGAGAGACAAGUUUGGUCUUCCUGCAUGUGCUAAUCAGAUGUUGGGAAGUUGUGUUAAUUGAGAUGGACCGCUGGGAUGAACUGGUGCAUUGAGAAUGUCUACAAAGGAAAGUAAGUCUCCUCAAGGAGCAAAGUGGGUUAUGCACAGUGGAUUCCUACUUUCUUCAACACCAUUCUCCCAAGCUUCUCCUGAGACACAAAACAACUCCUGCUUGUCCAGCUAGUGCAUUGAAAUGAAUGGUGUUUUCACCAUGGCAGUGCCUCAGUGACCCAUUUCUUUUUAAUAAAGCAUUUCCUCAUUUUAAUAAAGCCUUUGUAGUCACCCUUUAUGGGUCCAGUCCCUUUCCCACAAUUUUCUGAUCCAUAGAAAAGGAGCAAAUCCCUAGUGACUAUUUUUUCUUUUUCCAAAGGCAGUUGAAAACUUUUUGGCAUGAUGUUACUUUUACCACCUUAGUAAAAUAAUAAUAAUAGCAAUUUUUGUAGUAUUAUAUUACUUUCAAUUGCUAUGGAUAGUUCACAAAUUGACUAACUUGACAGAUAAAUUGAUAGAAGCAAGAAGCAAGUAGGUUUCAAAGACUUCUCCAUUUCUGGGUCAGUAUCCAAAUAGUAGGUUGGACAAAAUGCAGUUGUACUUAAAUAUUCACCCACAUGUUUGCUUUUUAAAGAUGCUCCAGAUCUGUGAUUUUUUUAAAAAAGAUGCCCAGAUUUCUUGGCUUUCAGAAUCCCCCUAACUACGUACUGUGUCUGGGAUCAGAUAGUAACAUGGCUAGCGUGGAUGCUGUUUGUAGUUUUUCUUCUUAGAGCUGCUUUUUAGCACAGCUGUAAAUGGUUGCUUUGAGUAGCAUUCAUUACCACACUGCAUAGAACGCCUGUUAAGACGCAUCUCUAAAACAUGUAUAUGUUCAUUUUAUAGGAAGUUUUGAUUUUUGUGUAAUUGUAAUGAAAUUCGUAACUGCCAGCAUUUUCUGAAAAGGGGACAUUUGUGACUUAGAUUUUCCCCAUUUUAAUUUGAUCUUCAUUCAGAUCUGAAGUUCAGUUUUUCAUUGACCAGAAGCAUUUUUUUCCUCUCUUAUUUUAAAUUGGUUGUCAGGCUUCCUGUAGAACCAUCUGUGUUCUUGGCAGGAAAGGGCUGCAGGCUGGGUGGUAGUAAAAAUGAAAGGAAAUAAGCAUAACUGAAUGAUACAGAGCAAUUUCAUGUUCAUGAAAUAAUGAAAGGCACAUUUUCAAGUAGGCAACACUUGUCUAUGCUUGAAAGUUGCUUACAGUGGUAUUCCCAAGCUGAUUUUCAAUUCCCCUUGCUUUAAAUUAAGGAUAUGAUUUAUUCAGUAACGUAAGCAUGAAUGCUUCCUGCUACAUUGUUUAAGGUGGGAGUGUACCUCCCCAACACUAAAUCUACACACUGAUAUAACUAUAUAAAUGUUUCUCCCACCUCUCAACCCACCAAUAUGGUAUAUUAUCUGUUCAUGUGCUUGCUCUGAAUAUUUUAACCUGCUGGAAUCAUGGCUUCUAGUAGUCUUUUAAGUGCCAUUAAGAAUCUAAAAUAUGGUGGAUUGGGCAUGAGAAAAUCCAGCCUUCAAAUGCAGUGUUUUCUCAGAUGUGUAUAAUAUAAAGGAAAACACAGAGGCUAUUCUUAAAGGGAAAAUGUUAUUAUUGCCUUUUUAAUUAUUUCAAACGGUAUGAUGUAAAACAGAAGCAUAUAAAUGCUCUCAUGUUGUAUUGGGGUUGCUUCCUGAUCAGAUGUACCUGAUGUACAUCAGAUGUAUCCUCAAGAACCAUUGUGGCUGGCGCAUUGGUCUUACACCCAGGGAGAACCAGGUAAAAGCCCUGCUCAGUCACAAAAUUCCCCGGGUGCUCUUAGUCCAGUCUCUCAGCCUAACUUUCCUCACACUGAUGCUGUGAGGAUGAAAUUGGUGGCAGGGCAUCAAGGAAGGGCAGGAUAAAAAUGAGAAUGAAUAAUUUGUGCAUAAUGUGCUAGGAGAGGGGGAGGGGCUCCUACAGAUGCUUCCCCAUGCUUUUUCAUGAACCUCAAAUAAGAGUCACAACGGAAUUGCAUGGUUUGAGCAAGUAGUGCUAUUUCCCCUACUAGCAAUCCUAUAAAAGCCAGUUUCCAGACUAGGGUCAUGUGGGGUUUUUGAUGCCCUGUGCCCUCUUGGCCUCUAGAUGGCAUAUGUACACUGCUGCUUUUACUUAAUGCCCCACUGAAACAGAUGGCUGUCAAGAGGUCCAGAAUGGUAUCCGAGUGUAGCACUUUAUAUUUCCCUUAAUCGUGAAUGUCUUGUCAUUCACUUCCAUGGGGGGAAGUAACUGGGUUUAGUUGGGUGUAGUGCUGGGGAGAAAGAGGGCUAGGUUAGGCGGCCCCUGAUUUUGGAAUGGAAUGCAUAGCUCAACCUCCCCUGAAAAGGGGCGUCUUUCUGUCCCCCUUCCCUUGUUUGUCAAAGCGACAGGUGCUUAUUCAGUUUGAACCUGAAAGCAGAAGUGAGUAUCAUUUGCCUACCAUUAUGAGCAGUUCUUAAACCAGUUUGCAGUGGUAAAUUGCAAUCCUUUUUUGAUGGUACAUUUCGGUGCACCAUCUCCUUUACUGUACAAGGGUAAUGUCAAUGAGGUGUGCUGUCAGAUACAAAAAAUGCAUGUCUUAAACCAAUAUAAAAAUUAAGCGAUAUAUUGGUUUACUCUUAAGAUAAGGGAGGCAUAGCUUGCUGCAUAAAAGUUAGCAUGUGUCUUCUGCAACUGAGUCACUUAAGCUGAUCAAGAGGCCUGGACCUUCCCCAUGUGUUCCUUGAAAAAAGAGAGAUGAGUUCAGAGUUUAAAUAGUAUUAAAUUUGUCUUAGUACGGACAAUAUUUUAAAGCAUAUUUUGAAACUGAUUUGCAUUCAAGGCACAUACUGCAGAGGUGUUUAAAAAUUAUCCCUGCAACCAUGAGAGCUAAAUACUUUCACAGCUUUCACGAAAGCACCCUUCCCUGCUUUUAGAUUAUACAGGAGAGAACUAAGUUAUGCUUCCAACACAAUUGGGUGUUUGUAUUCUGCUUGGUGCACAUUAUUUUACGUGCCUCACAAUGCACUCCUGUGCACGUCUACUCAGAAGUAAAUCUCAUUGAGUUCAGUGGGUCUUACUUCCAGAUAAGCAUGCACAGAAUUACAGCUUUAGACAGUAGAAUUUAAAGUGUGCAUUGCACUACUUUCAGCAGUUUUCAGUUAAAAUGCCUUUAAAAUUACUAUUAAACUUGGGCCACUUCUAGUAUGAAUUAUUUUUAUUGUCAGCAUCUGUACCAUGCCUUUCUAAGGCAUAUUCAAUGCAGCUUGUAAUCAAAAUAAAAAUAAUGCACAACAAAAAGAACAAAAAUAUGAGGAAAAUGGCAAAGCAAUAAAAAGGACUAAAAACUAUAGGAUAAUCUGGCAGGGGAAGGGUGAAAAAUAAAGGUACGCUGCAAAAGCUUGCUGUAAUAAAAUUGCCUUUGCUGCUCGUCUAAAAGUGAGUAGCGAUAGGGCCAGGAGCACCUCCUUGGGGAGGCAGCUCAAAUGCAUGGCUGAGAAAAGUAUAAAUGGGAUCAAAAUGAAAAGUCAGAAUGCUAAUAUAUUGAUAAGGAGGGAACACACAAAGAAUGGGGAAGUCCGCAUUUUCCGAGUGCUGCAGAAGCUGAGUAUUUCAGAGUUGGUUCUGUAGAUAACACCAGAAAAUUCAGCCAAAUGAAAUCUGCUACCUAAAGUGGCACUUUAACCAGGCAACUAGCAAUUUUAUGAAGGGGGUUUUUGUACCUUUCAGAAUUGUCCACAUUGAUCUAGUUCCUGGUCAGUUGUUACUCUCCAGGGAGCAACCUGGUAAAGAGUCUUGCGCGUGCAAACCAUCCCCAGAUAGAAAGUAGUGUGUGGUACUUCAUUUGGUUGAAUGCAAGAUCUCCGUGGUGUUGUAUUCAAAGUAGAACUAAGGCUGUUGUUCCAUCAGCACAAACCUUUCUGCUUGCUUGACAGAGCUAUCUCCCCUUCCUCAGCAUGCCAUUCUGAGGAUUCUCCCAAACCCCUGGAGAAGAUUUGGGGAGAGCACAUUGGAAAGUCCCAAUGCGCUAGCAGAAAUCAUGGUCCUAAGGCUUCUGGUUACUUUCUUGAAUGGGGCAGGGGGUUAGAGCACAGUAGAUUGCAUACAAGAGCCUCUAGGUUCAAUCUCCAGCAUCAGAAAUGCACACACAUACCAUCUGAAACUAAAGCUGCUGCCAGUCCAUGUAUACUAUUAAGCUAGAUGCACCAGUGGUCUGACUCUGUAGAAGACAGCUUCCUGUGGAUAAGGAAACCUACGGAAUUGAGUCCCCCCCCCCCCCACUGCUGAUUAACAAAAGUGCUUUUUGCCUGAGGACCUACGUCACUUUUAGAACGAAUAGAAGAGAAUGCCCAAUGAAGUAUGCCAAAUAAAAAAACAAUUACAGGGUCGUCAUUCAGCAUCUCUGAAAUGCACAAAUGGCUGUGUGUGGACUUUGCUGUUCUCUUACAUGAACAAGGGUAUGCAGUGAGGAAUCUCUGUACAUGCACAGAGGCACAUCUCUGUGGAUACAAGGUCCUUGCAUGCAGGGGGACUAUGCAUUAGUCUCUUAAAUGCAUAAAGUGCCCCACAACUGCUGCUAUCUGUUAACAUUAACACUAAUUAUAUUAUUGGCAUUCAUAUUUUAAUAGUGCUAUUUAAAAGUAUCUGCUGGUGAUCAUACCACCACUAUCAAUGAAAGGCUUUGCCCAAAUGGCAUUGAGUCAAUCCUGUUUUCUGUAUCUACCCAUGUUAGGUUGGAUUCAUUCUAAUCAAUGUAUGUUGCCUUAAAUGGUUUGUGGAUUGAAUUAUAAGGCUGCCAGCAUCAAUCGACUGGAAGCAGGGGAUGUCCGUAGAAUUGUUUCCAAAUGAGAGCUUUGUACCCUUAAAUAGAAAGUCAAUAUCCUAAAUGUAUGAAUUCCUGUAUAUUUUGGUUUAUUCUUCUAAAGCACCAAACAUAUUUAUCUGGAACAGAACAGAGCCUGAGAUGUGAGAAAAUAUUAUAGAUGCUGUUUAAAUUACGCCUAACAUCUUGUUGCAUGGCGAGCUGGAAGGGGGAAGGGAAGCUGUUAACUGGAUUUGUGGUGUAAUAUACUUUAAGCAUAUCUGACAUAGUAUUUAAGUAAAUGUUCUAAUUUCUACAGUACUUAUUGCACUGAUUUUUUUAAAUGUUAAAACUCCGUUAUUUCAAAGACAACUGCGUCUAGUUGUGCUUGGAGCAGUGCUUGACUAUAGCAACUGAUGGCAUUAUUUAUGAAGGACAGAUAUAUAUAUAAAUAUGAAGUACCUCAAGUUGAAUGUUAUCGUACUGUAUCUUUAAUGUAACAGUGCAGAAUUUUAGUAGACACAUGAAUGUGUAUAAUCACAUUUAAAAGGCAAAUAAAAAUUGAACUGGUUCUUA